AUGGAUCCUGCUGUUGUGGAGAAGGUCCUCCAGCUGCUGGAUCAGAAGUGCGAUGCUCUUUGCGCCGCGCCCUGUGAUGUGCUUGGGACAUCCGUUGAAGAUAUCUUCCUGAAUCUCACGGCCCACCAAACUGGUAGCGUCUCCCUAGAUAGCGCUGAGAGGUCCAUUUCAAGUUCAGACAUGCUCACGGGUGAUUCGUUGUUUGCGCGGCAGGCGGCCCUGCCCAGCUUAGCUGGUCCGACUAUGAUGAACCUGGCAACAAAUAUACUUUAUAAUCGGGCAUCAAACACUUCUGGGGACAUUGAACACCCGCCGAACCUCAUUUACGCGAGCUAUGCUGCUUUCCUUCAUCUUGCUUCGGGGACUCUGGUUGAUCUCAAGUGGGCGGCAUUCUUUGGGGCUGCUAUGGAUCGCGCGCUAAUAUCUUGUUUAGUUUGGCUUUCCCGUUCCAUCAUGCGAUUUGGAGGUCCCAUCCUCUACCUCUUGGUUUAUGGCUUUGUGCUGUUCGGUAUUCUCUUAUGGGUUGAUUAG